UGGAAACCAUAGGAAUACACCUGUCAGAAUCUUCGACAUGUUGGAUCCAAGUGAUCCAGGUGCCUACACAGUCGGGUGGGUUUGUGCUCUGUCGACCGAGUUCACCGCAGCCCAGGAACAAUUCGACGAGGAAUAUGAGCCACAUGAAUCACCUGAACACAGAGAUGCAAAUGACUUUAAUGUGUACAGUUUCGGCAAGAUCAAAGGUCACAUGGUGGUUGUGGCUGUGCUGCCAAAUGGUCAAUACGGGAUUGCAUCUGCAGCCACUGUGGCCAAGGAUAUGAUACGCAGCUUUCGCAACAUUCGAUUUGGUCUUAUGGUCGGAAUUGGUGGAGGUGCUCCUACUAAACAGCAUGAUAUUCGCUUGGGGGAUGUUGUGGUCAGCUCACCUACACCGGGCGGAAGUGGUGUCUUCCAAUACGACUUCGGAAAAGCUACAAAAGAAGUAUUUCAGCACACAGCAUCGCACAAUAAACCACCCCCGUUACUACUUGCUGCGGUAGCGGGGCUCAAGACCCAAUACGAGCGAAAGGGUCUCCAGAUCCAUGACAAGGUCAGCACUAUCGUCGCAAACAACAAGAGAUUAAGUGUCAAGUAUGGACGUCCAGAGGAUCCAGAUUCGCUUUUUUCCACUUCGAUCAAUCAUAAGAGUGAUCCAUGUCAUAAGUUUUGUGUAACGGCCCCGACUGAUCUGGUAGAUCGCAAACCACGACAAGAACCAAUGGAGGUUGUCGAAGUCCACUAUGGAGCCAUUGCUUCGGGUAAUACUCUCAUGGAGGAUGCUUUUAAGCGAGAUGAACUUGCUUCCAAGGCAAAUAUCUUGUGUUUCGAAAUGGAAGCCGCUGGACUGAUGGAUGGGUUUCGAUGUCUUGUUAUUCGAGGAAUUUGUGACUAUUCUGAUUCUCACAAGAAUGAUAUAUGGCAGGGUUAUGCAGCUAUGACUGCGGCUGUAUAUGCUAAGCAGAUUCUCGGCAGAAUCCGCCCAGAGGCCGUUGCAAGGGAGGAAACUAUGAUCUCGAAGAUUGAUGAAGUAUUCAAUUCAGUCAUUUCCGGCGUGGAGAAUCUGAAACGAUCUAUUUCAGAACAGGAAGUGCUGAACUGGCUCUCAGAUGAAGACUUCGGUACUUAUCAGUUCGAUGAACGCAGUAAGAAAGCUCCAGGGACGUGCCAGUGGUUUCUGGACUCGCCGGAAUAUCAGUCUUGGACCCAAGAGAAAGGCCAAGUCCUUUUCUGCCCGGGCAUUGCCGGGGCUGGAAAGACCGUGCUUGCAUCUGCCAUCAUCGAAAGCCUGCAUUCUCGCUUUCAAUCCGACUCAAGCACUGCCAUCGUCCAUAUUUACUGCCGAUAUAAUCGUGUCGAUCGGCAAACAUUCAACAAAUUGCGGGCUAGUUUGCUGAGACAGCUUUGUGAACGAUUAUCCCCACUCCCUGAGGGUAUAAUGCAGCUUUACAACCAAUGUAAGCCUCGACGGGUGGAAGCCCCUCCAGAGAGGAUUCUUUCAGAGCUGGAAUCCGUGUCAGGUCUGUUUUCAAAAGUAUUUAUGGUUGUUGAUGCGUUGGAUGAGUGGCGAGCGACAGAAUACGCGGACCUCUACUCACUACCAGGCGAGCUUCUCCAUCUUCAAAGGAAAUUGGCCAUGAAUCUACUCGCCACCUCCCGACCAAUCCCCCUCAUUGCAAAUAAGUUCAAUGAUUACCCUUCUGUUUCCAUUACUGCUCAACAACAGGAUAUUUACGCUUACGUUGACAACUUUCGGUGGCCAGAGUCGAGCUGCAUUGGUAAAAUAGCAGGAUUGCGAGGCUUGGUAAAAAAGGUCAUGUCACAAAUUGUUGGGGGAAUGUUUCUUUUAGCAAGGCUGUAUCUCCAUUCACUGGAAAACGAGACCUCUGAAAGAGAUGUUAAAGAUGCUCUGAAGCGGUUCGAAGACCGAGCGAAGAACAACGAUAAUGAUCCAAGGUUCAAUAUUGUGGACCAAGCAUAUAAUGAUACGCUAAAACGUCUCAGAGAGCAACAUCAAAAUUCUAGUGACCUAGCAUUUCGGGUCCUGGCCUGGAUAUGUUGUACCGGCUGGAAGCUACCGGCCGGUGCAAUCCAACAUGGCCUUGCCUUACGAGAAGGAGACACAACCUUUCAUGAAGAUGGCAUAGUCGACGAAUCAUUACUACUCUCUGUAUGCUGUGGCUUGGUUGAGAUUCCAGAAGGAAGCAGGGAAAUCCGGCUCGUCCACUAUACCACCGAAAACUUUUUCCGGCAUAAUCGGCAUUUGCUUGACGAAUAUUUCCUCGCCCGACAUUCGAUUAACUGCCACCUACCUUCGAAUGCCGAUGCCUAUCUUGCAAGGCAGUGUGUCAUCUGUUUAUCUAUCGGUUUGCCAAGACACCUUCCAGGAGGAAUUGGCAACGAUCCGCAGCAUCAAUCCAGAUAUUAUGUUUAUGAUAUGUUCGUACAUUCCAAGGUUGAACAACUAUAUGACAGACGAUGUGGUUCCUCUGGAGAGAAUUACAGGGCUUUGGCAGACAAAAUUCAGGAUCCAUUAUAUACAUAUAGCGCAUUCAACUGGGGCGGCCAUGUGCGACGGCUUUCGCCCUUAGACCAAACCUACAAGACAUCCAUCGACUUCCUCCAAACGCGUGGAAUGGUCGACCAGGCUAUCAUGCUGAUUCUCACUCUUGGAACCUGGAUCGGAGACAGACAAGCACCCCAAGAUAUGAGUAAUUUGCACCUAGCUGCGCUUUUCGGACUCGGUGAUCUGGCAGAGUCACUGAUGAAGAGUAUUGACAUCAAUUCAAGAGACAGUUGCGGCCGGACUGCACUCGUUUGGGCACUGGAGUGUUUGGCAUUCGAAUUCAAAUUCAACCCGGAUUACAUAAUGUCAGUCACAAAGAAUUUCGAGAUAUAUGACGGCAUUGACAUUGCUCGUCGUCGUGUUGUCAAGGCUUUAUUAAGAUCGGGUGCUAACCCGCGCAUACCUGGGUAUAAUGGGGAUACUCCUCUAUACUUGGCGGUUAUCUUAGGCGACGUCGAGAUCGUUGAAAGAAUACUCGAAUAUGGAAUAGACAUUGAUACACUGAACAGGACUGCUGAUUUCCUUUAUGGAGAAGCAAAGCGACAUAGCACGGAGUUGGCCUCCAUGAAGCUCUUGAAGAGCGAUACGGUCCACAUCUAUAUCACGGCUCUCAUGGAGACUCCUUCUGUUAGGAACUUGGCCCAAAUGGUGACACUUAUUGAAAAGGGUGCUAAGAUGGACUUUCCUAAUAUUAACGGCCAAACUGCCUUGAUGAAAGCCAGCAAACUCGGCCACGCUCGAGUUGUUGAGCUCCUCCUCAAAAGCCAGUCUGAUGUGGAUCACCAAGAUCACAACCUUGACACCGCUCUCAUAAAAGCGUGCAUUAGUGACCAUGCCAACGCUCGACCAGACACCAGAGUUGUGAAACUUUUGACUGACCAUGGAGCGAACCCUAAUACUCCCCCCAAAGGAAGGCUACACUGGUCACUUCUAACAAGUCUUAUCGAUUGUGGUGACGAUUCUGGUGACGAUACUGUCGUCCUAACGUUACUCGAUGCUGGCAUCAACAUUGAAGGCGAUGACCGCGACGAGUCAAGGCCCAUCCACGCGGCUGCAGCGAGAGGCACAAAAACAGUGGUCCAAAGUCUAAUUGAAAGAGGUGUUUCUGUUAAUCGUCGUUCGGCCACAGGACUAUUCCCUCUGGACUACGCAAUGAGGCGUCAAGACAAGGACACUUCUAUCGCUGACUUGCUUCGAAAUUACGGUGCAAUUACUGAGGGGAAACGACUAGUUCAACUUAUGCAAGAAAGAAGUAAGAGGCUUAAUUGA